GAUCAAAACAAACGACAUGGUCCCAAGCUAUUUCUCAACUCAGCCCGUAGGAGAGCCGAAGGAAAUAUUUUUCCAGGGGAGAAGAUGAUCUCCAGCAUCCUGCUGCUGCUGGUCCUGACCUCCUCUGUCUGCGGAAAAUUUACUGUGAAUGUGAACCAGACUUUCUACCAGGCCGUGGAAAACAGCAGCAUCAGCAUGGAGUGGACCUUCACGCCCAUCAUACCCCUCACCAAACUGGAUGUCUAUUGUGCUUUUUGGUUGUCCGAUCACAGGACUUUUAAGACUUUAUAUCAUCUACAAGGUGGUGUUGAACACCCAGAGUCUCAAGACGAGCAGUUUGCAGGACGAGCUCGAUGGGACAGGGAGGACCUGGGAAAAGGACUCGCCAGACUCCACCUGUCCAGACUCAGUAUCAACGACUCUGGUAUUUACCGGUGUGAAGUGUUCACUGAAGGUGAUGGUAAUGGAGGUUUCAAUGAGUGCUUCCUCAACGUCACUGCUGCAAAACACCUGCCAGAAGAGCCAAAGGAGGGAGAAGAUGGAGCGGCCGUCAACAUCGGAGCUGUGAUUGGAGCUGUGAUCGGUUCUCUUGUAGCUCUUGUAGCUCUUCUUGUGGCAGUGGUGUUUACUUUUAGACUCCGUCACUCAGAAGCACAAGAUCCAGAUACACAGGGAUCUGCCCGUGUUGAGUUCCACCGAGUCCCUGUGGCAUGUGACAGUCCUGCUGCUCCAUGAGGGAACAGAUGAUCCGUGGUUUUUGUCCACAAAGCAGAGACAUUGGAACUGACGAGGGAGAAGAUGAUCUCCAGCCUCCUGCUGCUGCUGGUCCUGACCUCCUCUGUCUGUG